AUGUCUCUCUCAACAGCUGGCGGGUCGGCUUCAGCGCUUUUCUUAAAUCCGGAUUUCCCUCCUUCCCCUUUCACCUUCUCCACCUUGCCCUAUUUCUCGUCUCCCACGUGCUCAAACCCUCUCUUCUCCUUUUCUCACCUUGCCCUUUUCUUUCUCUCCUCGUUUUGUUUCUCCUUCUCUCGUUUUCGUUCUGCGCGAUGCAGCAAGAAGGCCUUCGCCUCGGUGUGCAACUACGAAUAUGGCCGAUGCGUUCCCAACACCAUUGAUGGGAAAGUCUGCACAGCAGAUACGGAGUGCGCGGCUCCUGGCGUUACAGGCUUCACGUGCCGCCCAGUCAAGACGAACAAGACGCUGAAACGAUGCUGCAGGACCAGGUGUCCUCCCGGCAUGUGCGGGGCUCGGCUGAAGCCUCUCAAGUACACCAAUGCAUGCGGAGAACAGUAUCACCUCGUGAUCUUCCCGUUACGUCGCGUGUGUUUCCUUCGCCCGUGUGUCGGAGGCCAUCCAUCGCUACGAGAGAUUCACAGCCCGUCAACUCCUGCAAUCAUGUUGCCGUCCGUAGCUGUCGCGUUGGUGCUGCUCGCCGCGUCCAUUCCGGCGUCGGACGCGCAAAUUCGGCCCGGCUGCAUCCGGAAGUACCAAUGCCCGCGUCGCGGCAGCAAUCAGUGCGGCCUCUACUACGUCUGCUCCACUUCUGCGAAUCCCAAGCCGCCCUACACCCUGCAGACCUGCGACACAUGCUCCUUUCGGGACAACGUUAAGGCUUAUACUGACGUGUGCAACUACCUGACAGGCCGAUGCAACAAAAACGUUAUCGAUGGCAAGCCUUGUGCUACAGAUGCACAAUGCGGUGCAUCAAAGGAGUUCACUUGCCGGGAGAACAAUAACAGCAAAGCCAAGCCCAAGGCCAAGCGCUGCUGCAGGACCAAAUGCCCUCCUGGACUGUGCGGUUAUGGCAAGACUCCUCCAACUUAUGUCGACCGGCGGAAGCAUCUCGAGGAGCUCUUUCGCCGUCAGCUGGAGGAGGAGAAACGACGAGCUGAGUCAGCUGUGACGUGUCCAGUGGAUUGCGUGCGAAAGGUGCGGACUAUGGCUGAUCUGGAAGCGGAGUUGCUAACAGCGGAGCAGAAUAUGCAGCUGGUGGUUGUGGAUUUCUACAACUCGUCAUGUGGCUCGUGUAGAUACAUUCUUCCCAGAUUCAUUGACCUCUGCAAAUCAGGCUGUCAGGGUGACUCUGAGUGUGCAGUGGAUGGAUUCGCAGUUUCAGACAACACUACACCUGAUAGGGUUACAACAGGUGGAAUAACAAGCAAUGUUUCUCCAGCAGCAGCUGAAGAGAGCACGGAUGCAGAUGCUGUUGACUCUGAAACAUUGCGGCAGGAGUUUUCAGCCGUUCGGUUUCUCAAGCACAAUGUCUGGGACGACUAUGACGACUUAACGGAAAUCGCCCUGCUGUAUCGCAUCAAGCUGGUUCCCGCCUUUGCCUUCUUCAAGGACGGUUCAUGCAUUGGCCAGCAGAAGCAGGAAUUCGUGGAUCUGUUGAAGAAGCAGCAGAUCAUCGUGCUCGUGGGAGAGACGGGUAGCGGGAAGACCACGCAGAUUCCGCAAUUCGUGGUGGAGUGUCUGAACGCGACGCACAAGAAGCAGGUGGCGUGCACGCAGCCGCGGCGGGUGGCGGCGAUGUCGGUGUCGCGGCGAGUGGCGGACGAGAUGGACGUGACCAUCGGCGAGGAGGUGGGCUACUCCAUCCGAUUCGAGGACUGCAGCGGGCCCAAGACCAGCCUCAAGUAUCUGACCGACGGUAUGUUGCUAAGAGAGGCCAUGGCGGACCCCCUGUUGGAGCGGUACAAGGCGAUCAUUCUGGACGAGGCGCACGAGCGCACGCUGGCGACGGACGUGCUGUUUGGGCUGCUCAAGGCCGUGCUGGAGCACCGGAAAGACUUGAAGCUCGUGGUCAUGAGCGCCACUCUCGAGGCCGAGAAGUUCCAAGGCUACUUCCACGGCGCUCCCCUCAUGAAGGUCCCCGGCAGGCUGCACCCCGUUGAGAUCUUCUACACUCAGGAACCAGAACGGGACUAUCUAGAGGCAGCCAUUCGCACGGUGGUGCAGAUCCACGCGUGUGAGCCGCCGGGGGACAUUCUCGUGUUCCUGACGGGGGAGGAGGAGAUUGAGGACGCGUGCAAGAAGAUCGCCCGCGAGGUGCAGAACAUGGGCGACCAGGUCGGCCCCAUCAAGGUCGUCCCGCUCUACUCCACUCUGCCGCCCGCCAUGCAGCAGAAAAUCUUCGACGCCGCCCCGCCGCCCGCGAAAGAGGGCGGGCCGCCCGGGCGGAAAAUCGUAAUUUCGACAAACAUCGCGGAAACCUCCCUCACGAUCGACGGAAUCGUCUAUGUCAUCGAUCCGGGAUUCUCCAAGCAGAAGGUCUAUAACCCUAGGAUUCGCGUCGAAUCCCUCCUCGUCUCCCCGAUUUCGAAAGCCUCGGCGCACCAGCGGGCGGGUCGAGCCGGCCGAACGCAGCCCGGGAAAUGCUUCCGGCUCUACACCGAACGCUCCUUCCAAAAAGACCUCCAGGAGCAGACCUACCCGGAGAUCCUCCGAUCGAACCUCGCGAACGUCGUGCUAACCCUAAAAAAGCUCGGGAUCGACGAUCUCGUGCACUUCGACUUCAUGGAUCCGCCCGCCCCGGAAACCCUGAUGAGAGCGUUAGAGCUGUUGAACUACCUGGGGGCGCUGGACGAUGAGGGGAAUCUGACGAAGCUGGGCGAGCUCAUGAGCGAGUUCCCUCUCGACCCGCAGCUGUCCAAGAUGCUCGUCGUGUCGCCGGAUUACAACUGCUCAAACGAAAUCCUCUCGGUUACGGCUAUGCUCUCAGUGCCCAACUGCUUCAUUCGCCCGCGGGAGGCACAGAAGCAGGCGGACGAGGCCAAGGCGCGCUUCUCCCACGAGGAUGGCGACCACCUCACUCUGCUCAACGUGUUUCACGCCUACAAGCAGAACGGGGAAGACGCUAGCUGGUGCUACGACAACUUUGUCAAUGCGCGGGCACUCAAGGCUGCUGAUAACGUGAGGAACCAACUGGUGCGCAUCAUGAUGCGCUACGGCCUCAAGAUGUGCUCCACGGCGUUUGAGUCGUCCGCCUACUACCCCAACAUCCGCAAGGCGCUUCUAUCUGGCUUCUUCAUGCAGGUGGCACAUUUGGAAAGGACAGGGCACUACCUGACAGUGAAGGAUAAUCAGAUCGUGCAUCUGCACCCAUCCACAGGCCUGGCCCACAAGCCAGAGUGGGUGAUCUACAACGAGUUUGUGCUCACCACCAGGAACUUCAUUCGCGUUGUCACCGACGUCAAGGGCGACUGGCUACUGGACAUCGCCCCUCACUACUAUGAUUUGGCCAACUUCCCUCAGUGCGAGGCGCGGCGGGUUUUGGAGCGCAUUGUUCUCGUGCGCAACCGGGACAGAGUCGAGGCAGCUAAAAAGGGGGACACUACAAACCCUUUCCUACGCGUGGCUCAACUAGCCAUCACUAGCAUACUCUCGCCGCGACCUACGCCGUCGCCGCCGUUCCCCCCCCCUCCCGCCGCGAUUACGCCUUCCUCGCCUGCGGAUUCCACCGCCGCGAGCGCAACGCCGCUGUCCCCUCCUCCCCCCUGCCGCGACCCCCUGUCGCCGCCUCCCCUUCUCGCCGCCGCGCCUGAUUCGGCGCCGCCUGCGCAUCCUGCCGCCGCGACGCCUCGUCGCCGCCUGCCCGCUGCCCGUCCCUCCGCCGCGACGUCACGUCGCCGCGUUCCCGCCGCCGCGCCUGCAACGGCGCCGCCUGCGCAUCCUGCCGCCGCGACGCCUCGUCGCCGCCUGCCCGUCCCUCCGCCGCGACGUCUCGUCGCCGCGUUCCCGCCGCCGCGCCUGCUUCGGCGCCGCCUACGCAUCCUGCCGCCGCGACGCCUCGUCGCCGCCUGCCCGUCCCUCCGCCGCGACGUCUCGUCGCCGCGUUCCCGCCGCCGCGCCUGCUACGGCGCCGCCUGCGCAUCCUGCCGCCGCGACACCUCGUCGCCGCCUGCCCGUCCCUCCGCCGCGACGUCUCGUCGCCGCGUUCCCGCCGCCGCGCCUGCUUCGGCGCCGCCUGCGCAUCCCGCCGCCGCGACGCCUCGUCGCCGCCUGCCCGUCCCUCCGCCGCGACGUCACGUCGCCGCCUCCCCUUCCCGCCGCCGCGCCUGCUUCGGCGCCGUCUGCCCGUCCCGCCGCCGCGACAGCUCGUCGCCCCCUGCCCGUCCCGCCGCUGCGACCUAA